UCUCGUAUAUUAGAAGAGUAAUUUACACUCUCGCUUUAUCGGGAAAAAAAAUUCUACAAAAGGAUCAAUAAUAUUCAAACACAGUUUUUGCUAUAAAAGCUGAAGUUAUUUUCAUUCAGAGGAACAAACAGAGAAAUGGGUUCCUCAAGAUUGCUAAUUUUCUUCGUUCUUCCUAUACUCUUGGUCUUGGACCCUCUUGCUCCUACCAUAGCGGACGACCAUAUCGACAAAGGUGUUUGCACGAAGACAGCAGACUACUGCUGGAGCUGCUUCAAUACUAACAACACCAACAAUGGCAGCAUCUACAAUCAAAACCUCAACACCCUCCUCUCCUCUUUCCCUUCCGACCCCCAAAUCAAUCCCAGAUUUUACAAUUCUUCUCUGGGACAAGGCCCCGACAAAGUGAACGCAAUUGCCGUAUGCAGAGGGGACGUUGCAUCCGAAGAUUGCCGCACCUGUUUCAAAGACUCUGUUUCCAUUCUCCUGCAGAACUGUACUAAUCAGAAGGAAGCAAUCAUAUGGGCACAGCGCUGUACGGUUCGAUACUCGAACAUCUCGAUUUUCGGUGUGCUUGAAUAUGAGCCUGUUAAGUUUGUGCCGAGCCCAAAUAAGAUAUCAAACGCUGAACAGUACAAGCAGGUGCGCGACCCCUUAUUUGGAAAUUUAAGUGAGAAAGCUGCAGCAGGGGACUCUGUUUUAAAAUUUGCAGCAGGGAAUGCGUCGGUGCCUGUAACAAAUCAAACUAUAUAUGCAACUGUCCAGUGCAGCCCUGAUUUGGACAAACAAAACUGCAGCGAUUGCCUUAAAGAGUCCAUCUCAGAUAUUCCACAGCAUUUUGGUGGUGUGGAUGGAGGAAGAGUUCUUAGACCCAGCUGUAAUUUGAGGUUUGAGUCCAAGCCUUUCUAUGAGUCUGGAGCAGAUACCCUAAUAAACCUUCCAGGCGAACAAGGAAAUAAUACGAGUGAAAAUAAGACGACUGGAAAUAAUACGAGUAACAUUACAACAAAAGUGUCGCCACCGUCGUUCUUCCGAUUAGCAUUGUCAUUGUGCUUAUUAAUAUUAUCAGCAUUUGCAUUCUUGUGAGAGUUUGGAAGCGAAGAAGGGCAAGAAAGUUUAUUCAAUUUUGUUUUAUUACAAAUUGGAAUUUAACAAGGGCACUCUUUGUUUGUAAGUGCUUGAAUUUGUCAAGGCCCAUGUAAUAAGGAUUACUCCUUUUUUUUCUUUUUUUUUAAAUAAUAAGAAUAAGGAUUAUUCUAUGGUGUACGAGUUCUUACGCAAAGGGCAGACACUGUAUGGUAUAAUCUUAAUUUUGCUUUUGUGA